AUGGGAAAUUCUGCAACUUCUAAUGUUGUAGGAUUGGGAAAGGUGGUGCUCAGGAUGACUUCGAGCAAAGAGCUUAUGCUUGUGGAUGUGCUGCAUGUCCCGGGCUUUCGCAAGAACUUAGUGUUUGGCUAUUUGUUGAACAAGGCCGGCUUAGGCAUCGUCAUUCGGGAAGGCGGCGUUGCCUCUGCUGCUGCCUCCACCAAUGCCACCAACGUCCCGGCUGCCGCACCGAACACAAUUGGCGGACAGGUGAACCAGCAAGGCUUCAAAAGAGACGUAGAUCAGUAUAUGCCGAUAGCCAAUAUUACCCGCAUCAUGCGGCGUGUCCUCCCUAGCCACGCCGAAAUUGCCGACGAUGCCAAGGAGGCUAUCCAGGAAUACGUCUCCGAAUUCAUCAGCUUCGUCACCGCUGAGGCGAAUUGGCGGUGCCACUGCGACUACCGGCGUACAGUCACGCCGGAGGACGUGUUGGCGACAAUGGCAUCGCUAGGUUUGGACGACUAUUUGGAGCCGCUCAUCCUUUUCCUAAACAAGCACCGCGCCGAACAGAACUCUGAGCAAUUCGUCAGGCAAGGGGGCGACGCUGGUGUCAGAGUUGGUUUUAUUGACAACCAGCAGCCGCCUAUGGCAUCAACAGUGGGGUAUUAUGUCCCCUUACCACCGUGUGCUGCUACGAUGGAAGAAGAGAGAGAUUUUGGUGAUUUGACGCCGGCAAUACAUGAAUAUAUCUUGCGCAACCAUGGUUGUGGAGAAGGGUCCUCCGGCGGCUGCGAGUUUGACCCGUUUCAGAAGUUUUAAGUACUAGAGUAUUA